AUGCCUACAGAAAAUCUGUCUGAUAAGCGCAUGUCCAAAUUCAAAAACAAGGGCAAAGAGCCAAUGAAAAUGCGUGAUCGCAGAAUUGCAGAGUGUGUUGAGCUUCGGAAAGCUCAAAGGGUUGAAAGUAUUUUAAAGAGGAGAAACAUUUCAUCCCUGGGAGAUGAGGAACCUCUGUCGCCAGAGUUUAACACUGACAAUGAACAGGUCAUAUCUGCAACAAUUGGAGAGAUAGUUGCAAAUGUGAACUGUGACUGCCCAGAGAAGCAGAGGCAAGGUUGUCAAGCUGCAAGGAAGCUGCUCUCUCGGGAGAGAAACCCACCCCUGAAGGAGAUUGUGGAAGCGGGAUUGUUGACUCGCUUUGUGGAGUUUCUGGGAAGGCAUGAUGACCCCACCCUGCAGUUUGAAGCUGCGUGGUCCCUCACAAAUGUUGCAUCUGGCACCUCCUGGCACACACAGCAGGUGGUUGAACAUGGGGCGGUACCAGCCUUCAUUGCCCUGCUGGCUUCACCGAUGCUGAACAUCAGCGAGCAGGCUGUCUGGGCUUUAGGCAACAUUGCUGGUGAUGGUCCAUCAUAUCGAGAUGCCUUGAUCGACUGUGGUGUUAUUCCUGCGCUGUUGGCACGAUUAACACCAGAUGCUCCAGUGGGAUACCUCCGAAACCUGACCUGGACCCUUUCAAACCUUUGUAGGAACAAGAAUCCUUUCCCUCGUUUUAGUGCCGUCCAGCAAAUGCUCCCAUCCAUUAUCCAACUGCUCCACCAAAGUGACAAAUCCAUCCUAUCGGAUGCAUGCUGGGCCAUUUCGUACCUUACUGACGGACCCAAUGAGCGAAUUGAUGUAGUGAUUAAAACUGGAAUCCUUCCAAAAAUGGUUGAGCUCUUGGGCUUUGAGGAGCUGGCUGUGGUGACUCCAGCCCUGCGUUCCAUUGGGAACAUCGUGAGUGGCUCAGACCUGCAGACCCAAGCAGCCAUUGACGCAGGUGUGCUGAGUGCUUUGCCCCAACUGAUGCGACACCCCAAGUCCAGUGUUCAGAAAGAAGCGGCUUGGGCAGUGUCCAACAUUGCAGCAGGACCCUGCCAACAGAUCCAACAGCUCAUCACAUGUGGAUUAUUGGCUCCAUUAGUGGAUCUCCUAAGGAAUGGUGACUUCAAAACCCAGCGAGAGGCAGUAUGGGCAGUAACCAACUACACAAGUGGUGGAACUGUUGACCAGGUGGUUAAUCUUGUCAAGUGUGGUGCUCUAGAGGCCAUAUUGUCUUUACUUCAAGUUAAAGACACCAAGACUGUCCUGGUCAUCCUAGAUGCCAUUAAUAACAUUUUCUUGGCUGCUGAGAAACUUGGGGAGGUGGAUAAGCUUUGUUUGCUGGUUGAGGAAGUGGGUGGACUGGAUCGAAUAGAGUUCCUCCAAAACCAUGAGAACAAUGCGGUGUAUCGAGCAGCUCAGGCUCUUAUUGAGAAGUAUUUCAGUGAGGAUGGAGAGGAUCAGUGCUUGACAACUGAAGCCACAGAUACAAACUUUGUCUUUGGAGCAUCUGAGGUCCAGAAGAAAUUUGAUUUUUGA